CGGGUAGAAAGUUCUGGUUUAAAAAGUGAAGGACAAACUAUAUACAAAGCAAGUCUCGGUAUAUCUAAUUUAUUGACUUUUACAUUUAAAUGGAUAACUGGGACACUGAAACCAGAAUUUGGAUUGUCCGCUGCUAUCACGCACUGGAGUCCGUAGUUUCGGUUCAAAGAGAGUAUAGGCGCACGUUUGGCGGCAAUCCUCCGAGCAGAUGCACCAUAAUGAGACUUGUAAACAAUUUUGCCGAUCAUGGGAGAGUCAACAGAAGACCUUACCAUCGAAAACCUUCAGUUCGAACGGAGGAAACAAUCGCUGCUGUAGCUGCUGCCAUACAAAACUAUCCACGUGUUUCGACAAGAAGUUUAUAUGCUCAAAUGGGUGUAAGCAGACAGUCAUCAUUGAUAUCCAGAAACUCCACAUUCCGUUGGCCACCCAGGUCGCCUGACCUUACUGCACCUGACUUUUUCUUGUGAGGUUAUUGCAAACAGGAAGUCUACAAAGCAAAACCAACAAAUUUGAAUGAACUAAGGCAAUCCAUUCGAGAAACAAUUGCGGUUAUUCCUGUCUCAACUCUCCAAGCAGUAAUGAACAACUUUUUGGUAAGAUGCCGCACAUGCAUCAACGAGCAGGGGGAGCAUUUAAAUUUCAUUAUUUUUAAAACUAAUUAAGCUAUAUUUAAUAAAAUUGAAUGAGCUUUAACAUGAAUAAAAGAAAAAUGAAUUCCAUACACUAAAAAAAAAAUUAUUUGACUUUCUUAAUCUAGCACAAUUCAUCAGCCACCCUGUAUGUAUAUAGUAGUCCACGCCCGAUCCACCAUGUAACCCAAACUAACCAAAGAACACUGAAUAUAAUUACUAAAAAUAAACAUAAACAGUAAAUGAAGGCUAACUUCGAUAUAAAAAAACAAACACUCUGUUAUAUUUACAUACAUGAGUGAUGAUACGUUAUUUUGUUUAACGAAAUCAAGCACUUGAUACGUUUUUUUUGAAUUUUUAAUAUAGCUUGGGUAUUUUUGAUCCCAGAAGCUUAAAAUUUGUGACACAUAUGUAAUAUGGUGUGGUGAUUCGUAAUCAGUAAAAAACUCAAUUUUGAAUUUUUUGAUUAUACGUUAUUUUGCAUUUCAGGUGACGAAAUGUAUAUAGACAUGUCCGCGCAAAUUUAUAUUCACUCAGCGAAAAAAAAACCCACGCACUCUACAGAGUGCUUUUAUAUAGCGCAAAACUUGGAUUCAUAUUAUUCUAAGAUAAACAAUUUUAUUUGAGGGUCAACCACUUUUAUUUAGUUUAUGUUUCAAGCAUUUUUAUAUAAAAAACUGAUAGGAGGAUGGAGUCAUGUGUAGAAGCUCACGCAAGUGAGGAAAGUUCUCUGAUCGCCAUUCACUUGGGAGUGGCCAGAAACGAUUCUUUUACAUAUGACUCAAGCAGCUCUCGACUUCCGGUCUUUGACCAAGUAUCCUCUGGGUAGCCUAAGAACAUCCGUUUGAAGGCGAGCUAACGUGAGAAGGCGAAACAUCCCCUGCAUAGGGUUGUGCGCUGGGUUUGGGACCCGCCACGUAAAAAAACACCCCCAAUGAAAAAGCAAACACAGCCUCGGAUGAGAGACCCCCCUUUUGAUGACGACCAUGGCAAACGAAAUAAGGUACCACCUAUUCGUCGAUUUCAAAGCUGCUUUCGAUAGCACGAAAAGGAGCUGCCUUUAUGCCGCAAUGUCUGAAUUUGGUAUCCCCGCAAAACUAAUACGGCUGUGUAAACUGACGUUGAGCGGGACGAAAAGCUCCGUCAGGAUCGGGAAGGACCUCUCCGAGCCGUUCGAUACCAAACGAGGUUUCAGACAAGGCGACUCCCUAUCGUGCGACUUUUUCAAUCUGCUGCUGGAGAAAAUUAUUAGAGCUGCAGAACUGAACCGAGCAGGUACAAUCUUUUAUAAGAGUGUACAGCUGCUGGCGUAUGCCGAUGAUAUUGAUAUCAUCGGUCUCAACACCCGCGCCGUUAGUUCUGCUUUCUCCAGACUGAACAAGGAAGCAACGCAAAUGGGUCUGGCAGUGAACGAGGGCAAGACGAAAUAUCUCCUGUCAUCAAACAAACAGUCGUCGCACUCGCGACUUGGCACUCACGUCACUGUUGACAGUCAUAACUUUGAAGUUGUAGAUAAUUUCGUCUAUUUAGGAACCAGCAUUAACACCACCAACAAUGUCAGCCUAGAAAUCCAACGCAGGAUUACUCUUGCCAACAGGUGCUACUUCGGACUGAGUAGGCAAUUGAAAAGUAAAGUCCUCUCUCGACGAACAAAAACCAAACUCUAUAAGUCGCUCAUAAUUCCCGUCCUGCUAUAUGGUGCAGAGGCUUGGACGAUGACAACAACCGAUGAGUCGACGUUGCGAGUUUUCGAGAGAAAAGUUCUGCGGAAGAUUUAUGGUCCUUUGCGCGUUGGCCACGGCGAAUACCGCAUCCGAUGGAACGAUGAGCUGUACGAGAUAUACGACGACAUCGACAUAGUUCAGCGAAUUAAAAGACAGCGGCUACGCUGGCUAGGUCAUGUUGUCCGGAUGGAUGAAAACACUCCAGCUCUGAAAGUAUUCGACGCAGUACCCGCCGCGGGAAGCAGAGGAAGAGGAAGACCUCCACUCCGGUGGAAGGACCAAGUGGAGAAGGACCUGGCCUCGCUUGGAAUAUCCAAUUGGCGCCACGUAGCGAAGAGAAGAAACGAUUGGCGCGCUGUUGUUGACUCGGCUAUAAUCGCGUAAGCGGUGUCUACGCCAGUAAAGAAGAAGAAGAUAGUUUAACACUUGCUAUAGAUAAAAAUGUAAAAACACACACAUAACAAACCACAGAAGUAAAUUUUGUUAUGAACAAUAAUGUAAUUUUUAAACAAGUUAUUUACAUAUUUUAUGUUUGAUAUGAUUUUUAUUUAGCAUUGGAAUACAUAACGAAUCAAAAUAACAUAUAAAAAAUUCUUAGUAUUUUGUAGAACACCCCCUCCUCCUAAUAACCUCGGCUAUUUGUUUAGGCAUAGAUUCAAAAAAGCGUUAAAGAUAAUUUUUAUUAAUUUCUUCAUUCCGCACAGCUUCAACAAUGUUUUUUUUUUAUUUCUUUUCGACUUUUGGACGCUUUUCUCUUAUCAUUUUGCCCACCAUUUUGCCCAAAUAAUGCCAGCAGUUCUCAAUUGGAUUGAGAUCUGAACUGUUUCCUGGCCACGUGAGAGACCCUAUUCCAUAAAAAUCGUUUUGUUUUGAAACCUGUAAGUGUUUGUAAUAAAUUAUUGAAAAUCUAUUUCAAUAUUUAUGUGCUUUGGUUACCGCUUUGGCUCUAUGACAAGGGGCUGAAAUAUCCUGAAAAUAAACUUUUUGGGCGUGUUCGGACAGCUGUUCAAUAGUUGGCAAAACGCCUUCUCUCAAAAUUCCAAUUUAUAUUUCGGCAUCCACAGAUCUUUUUAGAAUAAUUAGCGGCCGAACACCAAACUUGGUUACAGCUCCCACACCAGUAAAUAAGGCGAAUGCUUUACGGUGGGCCAAACACAGUUUUCCAAAAAACGCUUCCCUUUCCUACGACGCACUGUGACAUUUCCGUCGGAUUCCAACAUAUUAAAUUUCGAUUCAUCGGAAAAAUAACAUAUCCCCAAUCUGAUGUAGUCUAAGUUUUGUGUAAUUUUACCCGCUCUAGUCGGUAUUUCUUCAUUCGUAUAAUGAGAAGUGGCUUUUUGGCUGAACGUCGCGCUCGGAAUCCAAGAUUAUUCAGCACAUUUUGUAUAGAACUUGUAGUUAUUUUUACCCCAGUGUUUUCGCAAAAGCUGCAUUGAUUGUUCCAACAUGUUGAAAGCGAUCAUUAAUACACAUCCGUUUAAUUUGUCGUUUUUGACGAGGUUUUACUGUUUUCCGACGUCCACUAAGAAAUUUAUAUUUUAAAAAUUACUUUUCACACUCUUAGGGAGCAUAAUUUAUGUGCAAACAAUUUUGAGGAAUAAAAAUAUGAGUAAUUCGCUGAAAUUUCUCUUUUUCGCUAUAAUUCCUCUUCCUUUAUUUAGCAAUUUUGGUUCUAGCGUUUAUAAAUUAUAUUUAAAAUUAAAAUGAGUAUAAACAAUCUUCUCAUGCUUAUGAAUAUUUUCUUUUUUAAAUAUAAUAAACAAAUAAGUAAUAUUAAAUAAUAAUAUUACGUUAUAAAAUACUUCGAUUUUAAAGGAGUACUUCGCAAAAGUACUUCAGUCACCCCAAGUAGUGGCUCGGUAAGGGUUAUUUUGUUAAAGCGCGGACGAAGGCCGCCAACACAGAAAGUAGUACUACGCAAAAGUACUUCAGUCACCAUGGGUAUUGGCUCGGCCAAAGUAGAAAGGAAUACUAUGCAAAAGUAAUUCUGUCACCCUGGACUACUAUGCGAAAGUACUUCAGUUAGCCCGAUAUGAUAUAAAUAUUACAAUAUUGUAGAGUUUUACUUAUUUGUGUGUAUUAAAUAUAAAUCACAUAUUAUACAUAUACAUAAAAGUCGUCACAACUCAAUUAUAUCUUACAAAAUGUUGGGAAGUAUUUUUUAUUAUAGUUAAUAUAGAAAAAAGAAACACGCAAAAAUACAAACAAAGAAAAAUCGUUGAAAAUCUUACAUAUUUGGUGUUUACAGUCUGUCAAGUUAGAGCGUGGUCGUGUUAAUUUAUAAAAAAAAAAUAUUUUAUGAAAUUUCAUAUUUAUAUACAUAUGUUGAGUGCUUAAAAAAAAUGUUUAAUUUUUUUCAACUCUUACCCCCUCAAAUACACUGUGGAACAUUUUUGGGAUUAUUGUCUGGUCUAAAGCACUCGUUCGUGAUGCUUUUGGAUCGUGCUGUGCUUUAUUGAAGCAGAAGGAGACUAUUUUGAAUAAAAUAAAUUGAUUUUGCUGAAAAAACCAUUUGUUCUGUUUUUUUAGGUCCUGUUUACUUUGGAACGCACGUUAUAUUAAAAUUAUAUUUUUGUGCAACUACUUUUCCAAUGUUGCAAAAUUUGCGCGGUUUUGAGCAACAACUACGACAGUGAUGCUUUUUCGAACUUUCAAUUUUGGCAAAGAUUCCAGG